AUGGCCGGCGGCUCGUACCAUAUCUCCAGCCUGCUGGAGAAGAUGACCUCCAGCGACAAGGACUUCAGGUUUAUGGCCACCAACGACCUGAUGAUGGAACUGCAGAAGGACUCCAUAAAGCUGGAUGAGGACAGCGAGAAAAAGGUUGUGAAAAUGCUUCUAAAAUUGCUGGAGGACAAGAAUGGGGAAGUGCAGAACCUGGCUGUCAAGUGCCUGGGCCCGCUGGUUGGCAAGGUGAAGGAGUACCAGGUGGAGACCAUGGUGGAUACGCUGUGCACAAACAUGCUGUCAGACAAGGAGCAGCUGAGGGACAUCUCCAGCAUUGGGCUGAAAACUGUCAUUGCUGAGCUGCCACCAGCUGCUGCGGGCUCCAGCAUGACAGCAAACGUGUGCAAGAAAAUCACAGCCCAGCUGACAGGAGCCAUUGGCAAGCAGGAGGAUGUCUCUGUGCAGCUGGAGGCUCUUGACAUCCUAUCAGAUAUGCUGAGCAGGCUAGGGGGAACACUCUGCUCUUUCCAUUCCUCCAUCCUGAGCUGCCUCCUGCCCCAGCUGACGAGCCCCAGGCUGGCAGUACGCAAAAGGGCCAUCAUUGCCCUGGGCCAUCUUGUCUUGACCUGCAGUGGAAACAUCUUCUCAGAGCUCACAGAGCAUCUGCUGGCCGAGCUGAAGAGGAAUGAGUCUACCUCCACUACCAGGACCUACAUACAGUGUGUGGCUGGCAUCAGCAGGCAGGCUGGGCACCGCAUCGGAGAGCACCUGGAGAAGAUUGUUCCCCUGAUCGUGCAGUACUGCAGCGUAGAGGAUGAUGAGCUGAGGGAGUUCUGCUUCCAGGCCUUCGAGUCCUUCGUCAGCAGGUGCCCAAAGGAGAUUGACCCUCACAUCCCCACUGUGAUGGGGCUGUGUUUGAAAUACAUCACCUUUGACCCAAACUACAACUAUGACAAUGAGGAGGAAGAGAUGAUGGAAACUGAAAAUGAGAAGGAUGAAGAGCAAGGCAGUGAUGAUGAGUACAGCGAUGACGACGACGUCAGCUGGAAGGUGCGCAGGGCUGCAGCCAAGUGCCUGGAGGCCAUGGUCAGCAGCAGGCACGACCUCCUGCAGGACUUCUACAGAAUCCUCUCCCCAGUCCUGAUAAGCAGGUUCAAAGAGAGGGAGGAGAAUGUCAAAGCUGACAUCUUCAGCACUUACAUCUCCUUGCUGAAGCAAACGCUGCCCACCCAGAGCUGGCUGCACACUGCCGAUGCUUCUGGCAAGGAUGAGGUUCCUCUGAGGAUGCUUCAGGACCAGGUCCCCAAAAUUGUCAAGGCCUUGCACAAACAGCUCAGAGAAAAGAGCAUCAAGUCCAGACAGGGCUGCUUCAGCCUCCUGACAGAGCUAGCCAACGUCCUGCCUGGCUGCCUGGCAGAGCACCUCCCUGUGCUCAUCCCUGGCAUUGUUUUCUCCCUGGCUGACAAAUCCAGCUCCUCCAACAUGAGGAUCGACACCCUGGCUUUUCUGCAUGUCCUCCUCUGCACCCACCAGCCAGAGGUGUUUCACCCUCACAUGGCAAGCCUGCUGCCUCCAGUUGUGACCUGCAUUGGAGACCCCUUUUACAAGAUCACCUCUGAAGCCCUGCUGGUGGCUCAGCAGCUGGUGAAAGUCCUCAGGCCCCUGGACAAGCCCUGCAUGUUUGAUGCCAAGCCCUACAUGAGGGACCUUUUCCCCGCUACUCUGAAGCGGCUGCAGGCAGCUGACAUCGACCAGGAGGUGAAGGAGCGUGCCAUCUCCUGCAUGGCAUACACCAUCCACCACCUGGGAGACCACCUCAGCACCCAUCUCCAGCCCACCCUGCAGAUAUUCCUGGAGAGGCUCAGGAACGAAAUCACCAGGCUGACAACAGUCAAAGCCCUCACCCUGAUUGCUGCCUCUCCCCUUCACAUCGACUUGAGGCCCAUCCUGGGGGAAGGGUUCCCCAUCCUGGCUUCCUUCUUGAGGAAGAAUCAGCGUGCCCUGAGGCUGAGCACUCUGACCGCCCUGGACGUGCUGGUGAGGAACUACAGCGACAGCCUGAAGCCUGUCAUGCUGGAGGCCGUGCUGGCUGAGCUGCCUGCCUUAAUCACCGAGAGCGACAUGCACGUGUCGCAGGUGGCCAUCCUCCUCCUCACCACUCUGGCCAAGGUCUGCCCCUCCUGCCUCUCCAAGGCCAGCGGCCCCAUCCUCGCCGAGAUCUUCCAGCUCGUGCACUCGCCUCUGCUGCAAGCGGGGGCGCUGGGCGCCAUCACGGACCUCUUGCAGGUGCUGGUUGUGGCGCCAGCGGCGGCCGCGGGCUGCGCGGAGCUGCUGCGGCAGCUGACGGAGCCCAUCCACCGCUGCGGCGCCGCGGAGCCGCCGGCCGCGCACCGCCAGACCUUCCACGCCGUGGCCAAGUGCGUGGCCGCCCUGUGCGCCGCCUGCCCGCGGGAGGCUCCUGGCGCCGUCAGCCGCUUCCUGCAGGACGCGCGGAGCCCCGGGCGCAGCUCGGCCGUCAGGGUCUUGGCCUUCCUAUGCCUGGCAGAGCUGGGCCGCGGCGCCAGUCUCGACGAACAGGGAGAGCUCCAGGCUGUCCUCCUGGAGGCCUUCGCCUCCCCCAGCGAAGAGGAAAAGUCGGCGGCGUCCUACGCGCUGGGCAGCAUCGGCGUGGGGAGCCUGCAGCAGUUCCUGCCCUUCCUGCUGCGGGAGAUCGGCAGCCAGCCCCGCAGGCAGUACCUGCUGCUGACCUCGCUCCGGGAGCUGCUUGGCGCCUGCCCGCCCGCCGCCCUCGGGCCCUACGUGGAGGAUGUCUGGGCGCUGCUGUUCAGGCACUGCGAGUGCGCCGAGGAGGGGACGCGCAGCGUGGUGGCCGAGUGCCUGGGCAGGCUGACGCUGGUGAACCCUGCCCUGCUGCUGCCCCGCCUGCAGGAGCAGCUGGCCUCAGGCUCACCACACACCCGCAGCACCAUUGUCACCGCCGUCAAGUUCACUAUCACGGACCAGCCCCAGCCCAUCGACGCACUCCUGAAAGGCUGCAUAGGUGACUUCCUGAAGACCCUUCAGGAUCCGGACCUCAAUGUGCGGCGUGUGGCCCUGGCCAUGUUCAAUUCUGCUGCUCACAACAAGCCCUCUCUGAUCCGGGAGCUGCUGGGCUCAGCCCUGCCCAGCCUGUAUGCCGAGACCAGGGUCAGGAGGGAGCUCAUCCGGGAGGUAGAAAUGGGGCCCUUCAAGCACACGGUGGAUGAUGGCCUGGACGUGAGGAAGGCUGCUUUUGAGUGCAUGUACACUCUGCUGGAUAGUUGCCUGGACCGGCUGGACAUCUACCAGUACCUGGACCACGUGGAGGAUGGGCUGAAGGAUCACUAUGACAUCCAGAUGCUGACCUUCAUCCUGCUGGCUCGGCUGGCUGCGCUGCGCCCCCAGGCCGUGCUGCAGCGCCUCGAGCGCCUGAUUGACCCCCUGCAGGCUACCUGCUCCACAAAGGUGAAAGCUGGCUCUGUGAAGCAGGAGUUUGAGAAGCAGGACGAGCUGAAGCGAUCUGCCAUGAGAGCAGUGGCUGCCCUCCUGACCAUCCCUGAGGCUGAGAAGAGCCCAGCCAUGGCAGAGUUCUCCUCUCAGAUCAGAGCCAGCCCUGAGAUGGCCUCACUUUUUGAGAGCAUUCAAAAGGACUCUACUACCCUGUCCAGCGCUGAGUCCAUGGACAUGAAUUGAGCUCUGCCUCACCACCUCCUGCCCUCAAGGCACCCACCCAGUGCAGACACCAAGGACAUCACCCAGCUGGUCCACAGCCACCUGCGAGUCACUGGGCACCAGCAGGAGGAAAGGGCUGGCUCCAGCUGCACUUGGAGCUGGAAAGUGAUAUCCUUAGCUAGGGAGGGGCAGGAACAUCCCAGUCCUGCUUUCUCAGCAGGUUCAGGGCGGGGUCCACGUGAGUGUGGUUCCACAGCAAAGGGAGAUCACUGCGUGGAGCCUUUCCUUGCUGCAGUACCGAGAGUUGCAGAGAUUUUUAAGUACUGCACCUGCACUUUCUGCCCCCAGCUGCCUGAAGAAUGAGUUUGUAGUGUUUCACUUCAGAACAUGGCUAAAGGCUAAUCAGUGGAGAGCAUCACAACCACAGGCCCUGUUUCAGAGGGCACUCCUGCUGGCAGAGCUGCAUGGGGAAGGACAUCGCCCCAACCCCCAGCCUUCCACCUGGAGCCACCUCAUGGCACAGGCACCAACAGCUUGGUGGUGUUGCCUGCAAAAUACCUCAACCAGCUGCCUUCCAGGAGCAAACUCACACUGAGCUCACCUCUGCCUUCAGCUCUGGCUUGUCCCCCUCCAAGCAACUCAGUGUGUCAUGACCAGCAAGUGUGUGCAGAGCUGUUCAGCAUCACAGCAACAAGAGAGGGAAGCCACCCACCAUAGGCAUAAGCACACCAGCAGCCCCCACUAACCCCUCUUCUGCCAUCUAAAAACUUGCCCCACAGCAGCUGCAGUGGCCACAGCCUGCUCUGUGGAGGGCAAAAAGCUUUAAGACAGAGGCCACGGCAGCAGCUUAGAGAAGAGGGGCCCCACCCACGCUGCACUGCUGGAGCCAUGGAGCUGCACCUGCUUCCCUCCCUCCUUUCCUGACAGAGUGCUUGAUGCAAAAAAUAUUUACAGUGCCGUGUGAAAGAGCAGCUCUUGUGUGAGUCCUGUCAGAAAUAAACC